AUGCCUUCAACCUCAGCGGCAGAGGCUGCAAAAUCAGCAUUAGAAGCACCAAAAACCCCUGCGGAAACAGUAGAUGUGUCAUUGAGGUCGAAUCAGAUUGAGUUUAACUUUCUUGUGAAGACGGAUUAUGCUGAGGCGGUGAAGACAGCGGUUGCUGAGGUGGUAAAGGCGGCGGUGGAAGCUUCAAAGUCGGUUUUGGAGGCUCCAAAGGAUUUGGUAGAGGUGGCGAAGACGGAGACGACGAGUGUAGUGGCUAAGUUGGCGAAUGUGGAGGAGGAAACAACAAAACUGGCUAAGAUGCUGACGAAGGUGGAGAAGGAGACGACCAAGAUAGCGAAGAUGGAGUCCAAUAUUGCCAAACUAGAUGGUGAAGAUGGAGUCCGGAUCACAACUCUUGUGCCUUUCUUUAAUUUCUUUGUUUUUCCCCAUUUAUCCAUGAAUUAA